AAAACAAGUCAAACCCAGAUGAAAGGAAGUCAAUACCUGUGACGAUAGCUGUGAGGCCAGUUGCAUCAACUCCAUUAGUAACUGCCUCAGCCGUGGAACAAGAGGAAAACCCAGAUGCUCCCUUCAAACCAAAAAUCAACAUCUUCCUUCUCGGCAAAGCAAAAAAGAGAGCGAUCAACAACAGCCACAGAAACUAAAAACACCUGCAAUGACCUAUCAGUAGACAGACAACAAUUUCUGAUAUUUGCUCAAGAGAUGGGCUCCUCUUAAAAUGCUUCUCUUAGCUUGUUGGCUAAGAUAAACGGAGAAGAUGAUGACAAACGGAAGAAUCAGAAACCCAUAUGAAAUGACGCCCUUGGAUGGAAGAAGAUUGGUCCGGUGAAGCUUUACUCUGUUUAAUAAUUGUGUUGUUAAUGUUGUUGUUGUUGUUGUUGUGAUUAUUAUACUCCUACUUUGGGUUGCAGCGAAAUUGCUCUCAGCCAUUAUAUAUUCUUUCUCUUUUCGCUGUGCCUCGCUGUGGUGAGCGUUUGUGGUUGCAAAUGAUGAUUACUGCUUCCCCUUUUGUUUUUGGCAACAAAUAUCAAAAUUGCUCCAACUCGUUGUAACGUUGUAUGCAAAACAUGCAAUUUUAGAAUACACAAAAAAUCUCAUUUAGUGACGUAUUACACGAUUAUUUCCUUCUUUUCUUGUUCUUUUAUAAAUAGAAGAACGUCUAUUUUUCUAAAGUUCAGUCAUUGCUAGCAUUUCUUUGAAUUUUUCCCAUAAAUAUUGUAUUUUAAAAAAAAUAGUACCCAAACUACUGCAAAUACGACAAUAAUUCCCAAUCUACUGUGGUAAAAGGCAAAUUCAAGCGUGCACGCUCGAAUUGGAUUUUAAAGAAGUAAAAAAAAAAGUCUAAUUAGGACACGCGCGUCUCGAUUGGGUUAUUCUUUUGCCUUUCUGGAAUAUAAGCAAUUUAAAUUUUAGAUCUUACAAUAUUAUGUAUGGCUAUACCCCUAAUAUUACGUUUGGAUUUCAUUUAUAUCUACAUAUAAGUUGUUCAGUUGACGAUUUUAUCCUAACUAAUAUUGGUAAAUAUUCACUAUAGUUGUAUUUUUGUCAUCCUUAAUGAUGAAUGGUAUACUACAUAUUUUCAUCUUAAAAGUUAAAUUGGGUAUUAAAUAUAAUUUUAUUCAAUAAUGAAAAAUUUUGGAUUAAUAUAUUUGUAUGGCCCGAACUUUUCACAUAUUAAACAUCCUGACCAAUCUUUUCGAUUUAUAACUUCAUAGCCUCAACUAUGCAUCAAAGUUACAAAAUUAGCCAAACCCGAGAUUUGACCGUUAUCUUGGACGGUCAAGCACUUGGACUAACAGUCAAAGCACCACGUCACUGCCAAGUCAGCACAGACCACUUAAAAAAUUUAGUUAUUUUCCAACUAUUAUCAUUUAUCUUUUUUAUUUUGAACAAAAGAAGAAUAAAAAAGGAAAAGAAAUUAAAAAUAUCGGGUCCAUUUCAUUAAUAUUUUUUAUUUUUAAAGUGGUAUGUGCUGAUUUGGCAGGUGUGUUGACUGUUAGUCAACGCAUUUUGCUGUUAGUCAACAUAUUUGACCGUACACGAUAAUUGUCAAAUCUCAGGUUUGGCCAAUUUGGUAACUUUGAUGCAUAGUUGUGGCAACAAAAUUAUAAGAUUGACUAGAAUGUUUAAUACGUGAAAAGUUUGGGCCAUACAAAUAUAUUAACUCUAAAAAGUUCGUCCUCCAAUAAUAUAUGGUAGAGUUUUGUGUACUUUUCUUCAUUUCAAAUUUCCUGCAACGAGAGUAAAAGUAGGAAGGACAAUUUGGUUUUUACAAUUAAUUAAUUAUUUCAUAUAAAAAUAUCAAUAACAAGGUUUAACUCGGGUUUGAGAUUCUGGGAUUGCCAAGUUCUAAUGGCAUUGAAUACUAGUUUUAUCACGGUUUGUCGAUAAAACAAUUUUUUUUAUUAUGGAUUUGAGUUUGUUAUUCUUAGGGAUGACAAUGAGUCAGGUCGGGGACGGAUAGUGCAUAUCCGUUACCCUACCCAAAGUAGUUCGGGUUUUACCCAUGCUCAUACCCACAUGUGAAACGGGUAGAAAAUCAAAACCAUGCCCAUACCCGUUCGGAUUUCGCAUAUCCACGGUUAUCCAUGAGUAAUAAUUUCUCUUCAUAACUCCAACCAAUAUGUUAACAUCAUACGUAUUCUCACAUUACGUAAGAGGAAAAGUACGACAAUACUUCACCAGAAUGAAGAAAAUUAAUUAAAACAACACAAUUUCAUGAAAAUAUUAUAUUUAUAUGAUAAAUAUAAAAUAUGUUAGAGAAAAAUAAUGAUUAUUUCUAGACAAAAUACAUGUGCAUGUGUAUAAUCGGGAGGGUUCGGGUAGGAUAGUGAGAAACCCAUACUCACCCAUUACCCGCAAUAUUCGGGUUCGGGUUUUACCCAUACCCACUAAAUGUCCUUCGGGUUUGGGUUUUACCCUACCCGAUUAGGCCGUAUUCGGGCGGAUAUCCACGGUUACGGAUAUUUUUGUCAUCCCUAAUUAUUCUGAAAUAUUAUUAUGUUACGUCUGGAUAUUAGUUAUGAAAUGUAUGAAUAUUAAUCUGCGUUGUCUGGAUAUUAUGCUCUCAUAUUAGUUUUGUAUGGUCCAAUGUUACUUAAGUGAGUCUGGAUAUAACACAACCAAAUAUUCGAUCGUCCUAAACUAAUAUCAGCAUAGUUUAAUAAAGACAUGGAUACUGGGUUGGUGAAGGAUGGAUAUUGAACACAGAAUAAUAGUUCAUUUCAACGAUGAUACUAGUAAGUAAAUAAAUAAGGAUAAGACUCCCCCACAACAUGGAUACAGUUUCACCGGUGUUAUCGUCAUCAUCCGACUCUGAAUUGGAAAUGAAAAACAACUCAACACAGACAUCAAGGAACAUCGCCACAAACCAAUCCAUGUAAAAGCCACAAACCUUGUCAUACACGUCUACAUAGACACCCUUAUAAUAUACAUUCAUUGCAAAACUAAUAUCUAAUAGUUGUACCCUAAACCGUGAACCCUAAACAAAAAAAAAAACUAAACCCUAAUCACUAAACUCUAAAAAAUAAAAACUAUUAUUGUUUGCCCAAGCCGAGAAUAUUCAAGGGUUCCACACAAAUAUCCAAACACAUGAACUAAAGGAAUAUUUCCUUAGGUUCAAAUAAAUAUCCACACAACCCAGAAACAUAUCCCAAUAUUUCAGAGAAAAAUCUUAUGAUCAAUAAAAGAUAUUACAACUAAGAAUGACAAAUUUCCACAACACGCUAACUAAUAUCUAAUAGUUGUACCCAAAACCCGAACCCUGAACCCUAAACAAACAAAAAUAAACCCUAAACUCUAAAACCAUAAUCACUAAACUCUUAAAACUAAACCAUUAAACCCUAAAUCCUAAACCUUAACACAAACCCUACAGAAUAAUAUCCAAACGUCUCAGACAAUAUCUAGUGACACCUAAAUAAUAUUGUAAAUAAAACAGACUAAUAUCCACCACACACUGACUAAUAUCUGAUAGUUGUACACUAAUCCAAAUAGUUACCAAAAGUGCUAGAUGCUUAAAUAAAUGUUGGACAACAUCUUAAUAGUUACCAAAAGUACCCCAUUAGAAUAUCCAAACGUCCAAAAAAAUUUCCGAAAACAUAAACUAAUAUCACUUCAAACCAAAGCUAGACCCUAAACUCUUAACCCUCUUCCCAACACAAACCCUAAACCAUAAAAACUAUUAUUAUUUAAUGGGCAGUUACCAAAAUUGCCCCAUUAGAAUAUCCAAACGUCCCAUUCAAAUAUACAAAAACAUGAACUAAUAUCAAUUCAAACCAAAACUAAACCAUUAAACCCUCAACCCUAAACCUUAAACCUUUACACAAACCCUACAGACCAAUAUCCAAACAUCUCAGACCAAUAUCUAGUGACACCUAAAUAAUAUUGUAAAUAUAACUGACUAAUAUCUGCUAGUUUUACACUAAUCCAAAUAGUUACCAAAAGUGUUAAAUGCUUAAAUAAAUGUUGGACAACAUCUUAAUAGUUACCAAAAGUAUCCCAUUAGAAGAUCCUAACGUUCAAGAAAAUUUCAGAAAACAUGAACUAAUAUCACUUCAAACCAAAGCUAGACCCUAAACCCUUAACCCUCUUCCCUAACACAAACCUUUAACCAUAAAAACUAUUAUUAUUUAAUGGGCAGUUAUCAAAAGUGCCCCAUUAGAAUAUCCAAACGUCCAAGAAAAUUCCCGAAAACAUGGACUAAUAUCACUUCAAACCAAAGCUAGACCCUAAACCCUUAACCCUCUUCCCAACACAAACCCUAAACCAUAAAAACUAUUAUUAUUUAAUGGGCAUUUACCAAAAGUGCCCCAUUAGAAUAUCCAAACGUCUCAGUCAAAUAUAGAAAAACAUGAACUAAUAUCAAUUCAAACCAAAACUAAACCCUCAAAACUAAACCAUUAAACUCUAAACACUAAACCUUAACACAAAUCCUACAAAACAAUAUCCAAUCGUCUCAGACCAAUAUCUAGUGACACCUAAAUAAUAUUGUAAAUAUAACAGACUAAUAUCCACCACACACUAAAUAAUAUCCACCAUAUACUGACUAAUAUCCACCACACACGGACUAAUAUAUGAUGAGCACUUCUACUAUGCUAUAUAGUAUUGGUGCUUUAAUGUACAAUUUGAAGUUGUACCAUAACAUUAAAUGUAUAAGUUUAGGUUGUACCAUAAAAGAAUUUGUAUCUUUAUGUUAUGGUACAACUUUACAACUUGAAGUUGUACCAUCACAUAAAGGUACAAGUUCAAGUUGUACCAUAAAAGAAUUUGUACAAAAAGUAUAGGUACAACCUGAAGUUGUACCAUAAUAUAAAUGUACAAUUUCAACCUGUACCAUAAAGGCAAAAACCUAUAGCACCAAUACUAUAUAGCAUUGUAAAAUUCCUCAUAUAUGAUAGUUGUGCACUAAUCCAAAUAGUUACGAAAAGUGCUUUUUUAAAUAAAUGCUGGAAAACAUCUUAAUAGUUACCAAAAGUGCCAUAUUAGAAUAUCCAAAAAUCCAAGAAAAUUUCCGAAAACAUGAACCAAUAUCACUUCCUAGUGUGUUUAAUUUGAUGUAAGAAACAAUAUUCCAGUCCUUCACAAAUUGAAAACCCGAACCCUAAACCCUAAAACUUAAACUCUAAAGUGGUGUAGUCGGUUUCGGGUGGUUGGGUUAUUUUGGGGUUUGGUAAAUAUUAGUUUAAUGAUAGAUAUUGGUUUGCGAAGGAAGAAUACUAGUUCAUUUCAAUAAUAAUGCAAAGUAAUAUCAACACAACACAGAAUAAUAUCGACUGAAAACAAAUAAAUAUCCACACAAACAAACAUACAUAAAUAUCACAUGGCAUGCGGGCUCGCAAUUUUCGUUCUCUCUUUCCACUCCUCUCUAAAAUCCCGUCCAAAGGACCCACAAAGCCACUUCCUCGGCUCGCCUUUUAUGUCGCACGUUACCCCGAAGCCCAUCUCCCGCUCACUUAAGUGAGCCACCAAAGAAGUCCACCUCUCCUCCGUUGGAUGAAACAUGGGCCGGCGUGGCUGAAAAUCCGGCACUAACUACUCGGUAUCGGUGUGGGAGAGGGUUUUAAGAAAAUCGAUAACGGAAAACCCUUCUUCUCCGCUUGCAUUACUGCAACUCCCUCCUUUCGCGAGUAUUUCGCCUUCCCGAUUGUGGCCUCUUCACCAUGGAAGAGGAGCCCAGUAUCCUCGAAGCCUUACUCGACGAUGGAGAAGAAGACAUCGAGAUGGUCGACGUCGAAGAGGGCCAACUCUUCGAACCAACUACCGACGCCACCGCCCAAACCUCCGGCGAGGCUAACUACAAUGGCGGCGGAGGCGGAGAGUCUCUUGACACCGCUAUGAAUCCGGGUAAAAAGAAGAGGAAGAAGAAUAGGAAGAACAAGAAGAAGAAGCAGCAGCCCAGCAGUGGUCCGGUUCCUCCCGUGGAAAUAAAUAGGUUUGUGAUAGAUACGUGUAGGCGUCUGAAAGAGAAGAAAUCGUACUUGAUCUACUCUGCUGUGGGGACUCUUGGUGUUGAGGCCUUGAGUGAUCUGGUCAGAGAGGUGGAUGCUAUUCAGUCAUGUGGGGGACAGAUGACUGCAGAUGGCAAGCGUUCUCGAACUGGCGGUGGGAUAUUAUGGAACAUCUUAAAGGCGAGAGAACCUGCAGCAUACAGAGAAAUUAUGAAACAAGCAAAGGCGUUUGAGAAGCAAUUAUUUAAGCAACAGAAGAUGAUGAUGCGAUCAGCUAAUGCAGAAACUGUAGUAGGGUUGUGUAAUGAAACUGCAAAUGCAAUCACUGAGGACGCGACUCCAACAAAAUUUGGCGAGCUUGUGCCUGAAAGCCAACAACUUGUAAAGGACAAUGGUGAGAUGAAGCGCGGUUCGGUUCAUGAUAGGAUUAGGGUGCCUGUUUCAUAUGAGGAUUUGAUUCAGGAUGAACCAGAGGACAGUUGCUCAUAGCUUCUUUGGCGUGGAAGGUGUGUAAAUACUUGGUCAAAAGAACAGCUACUUUGUGGGGUGGGGGGUUCAAUUCUUGCUUUCUGACUGAAUGUCUUUUGAACUGUCAUAGUCCCCAAUGGAAUGCAAUGGGUUAUGUGGGAGUUCUGGUAUGUUUUAUCCUGUAUUUUGCCUUUUAAUUUCACAUGAAGUCCAUCUUAAGAGAUAAACUUGGAUUCUUAUGAAUACUUGACAAAUUUAAUUGAAUGAAGAAGAAAGGUACAAGUGAAUGUGGUAAAUUUCGAAUGCCAGCAAGGAUGUAAAUGAAGAGGUGGACAACUACAAGGUUGGGAACCUUGUGAAGUUCUCUGCUCGUGGGAGAUGCGUGCCACACAAGUAUCUGAAACGAGUCCCUCCAGAUCAUAUCAUCUUCAAGGGGAGUUGAGACCUUGGACACAGUUACACAGGACCUGAAGACUAUGAUAAUAGAAGUAAGAGAUGUUGGUCGCAGCUCCACAAGAACCACAGCCCUCGACUUAGGCAAGUUCCUCCUCUUUUCCCUUGUUUGGAUCCUGGAUUGCAGAACAUUCAAACAUAGUACAUCCCACGUCUCGAACAACUGUAUGUGGGGAAUGAGGCGUAGUUUGGUAGACGAAUGGGGAAUGAAAUGUGAGUCGUUGA